UUAAAACCUCAGGUCAAAGUUGUGUUUAGAGCUGCAGUCGGUUCUAAAAAAGUGACUCUUUUUCAAAGGUGGGUCUUGCUGAUGUCUUAAAGCAGAGCGAGGCCGGCCCUAUUGAUAGGUAGAGGGAAGGGGCCGCCUUGGGUGAUAUUUUCUGGGUAGGGGAGGCAAUGGGGGGGCCCCUGAACUCUCCGGCUGCUCCCCUAAGCCGAAAGGAGACUUGGGGAUGCCAUCCGACACAUCCUGGGCCUGCUCAACUAGCGUGUGGUUCAGCAUCCAGAGAUGAUUCAGUUUCCCUGUCCGGUCAGUUUCUCAACCUGGGCGGAGGAAGGGGCAACUCAAGGCUUUCCAAAAGUCAUAGAAAGUUGCGCUUCGCACGGUGGUACUGUUGGUACCGUGUGACUGGGAGAGCGGGAUGUUGGGGGAAAGGAGGAGAGGAAGAAGCCAACGCUUUUGCGUUCUGCAAACCCAACUGGGCCAGCUCGCGCUGCCGAUACAGACGUCAGGCCGUGUUUUUUAGCUCUGGAGGUGAACUAGAGACGUUGGCUGGGGGCGACCAGGUCGUGCCAGUUGGGAACAAGGGUUGUCUUCGAUAUCUGGGGGUGGGGGGUCACCAUUCCAGGACAAAAAGGCCUUGCAGUGGGUGUAGACGCGAGCCUGAUACGACUCAAGUUUUAUUGCUCGUUUCUACCAAAUCCUCACGUUGGGGGAAGGCGGGCAGCCGUUGAGAGCUGCGUUCGAAUCGGCAGAGCCAGGAUCUGAAAGCAGUUGGUGCAAGAAUACGGCCACUUUGCCACUCCAGGAGAAGCAGCAGCGGGGAGUGGACCGAGGAGGCCGCCGUGGGCCGUCGGAGUCAGCCAGGGGUGCAGUCCCGGGAUGAAACCCUCCCUCGUGGCCCCUGGGGGCCCGGCGCCACCCACCCCUCCCUCCCGAAACGUGGACCUCUCCGGAGACAACCAUUUUGGCUCAUCGGCCCUGGUCUCGCCCUCCUGUUUCCGCUGACGCCACCCUUCCUGUGACACCACGGAAUCCGCCCGGUGGGGGCUGGAAUCACGGGUUCGAAACAUCCCGAUUCCUGACCGCAUCGGUUUGAGAAAUUUGAGAAAAGAGAGAGAAAAUACACCCCCCCUUUUUUUUUUUUUUUUAAAUUUGGCUGCUUCGUCUCCUUGCAAACGUCCCAGUUGCAGCACCCGAGGCCCCCGUUGACCUUGGGUUAAAAGGGCAGGUUUACUGGCAGAGAAGGCUUUGCUUAAAAGUGAGAGUGCGUCUUCCUGGCAGUCUCCGUCGAGGUGGACCGGUUGACUAAUUGUAAAGCUGACUCAACCCUGCUCCCGCGUGUUUGCUUACCAGUAUCGGCUUUUGAAGCGAAGGGAAGAAAUAUUUGGCCUCUGCGGUUUGAUCUCUUCUUUCCGUCGAUUAUGUAGUCGUGACGGGGAGAUGGGGGAAGAUAGCAGCAGGCUGGGCGAGGGGGAAGAAAGACGGCGCGGGGUGCGGGAAACGGCGGUCCGGGAUCCUCGGGUUGGCCGGGCGCCAAGGCCACGGGUCCGAGAAGGAAGGAAUCUGGGGAGGGGGACGUGCCACCCUCGCCGUGGCUUGGCGGAUGGGCUUCCGCAGCACAACGGCCUUGCGAGGUAGGCUCCUCCGCCUGUCUUCCAGGGAGCAGGCGGCGUCGAUGCGAGCGGCGUGCUGGUGGAGGGAGGGGAUUUCCAACCCAGGUGCUGAAUUACCUUCCCUCUACCUGGCCUGCGCUGCAGACACACCCUCCGUCUCAGAUACACACACAACGUGCGCUGGACGAGGGCGCUCUGCAGAAGCUCGGGAGUUGGCUUGCUUGCUCCAGCUGUUCCCAGGUCUUGUGAAAGGCGCCGGCAGGGAACGUGGGGCGAGGAUGCCCUCUGGUGGACCCCGAUGAGCACUGCAGGCUCUGUUGGCCAAGAGCUGGAGACACGUCGUCUAGAGUUGGUUGCUGGCCUUCCCCCGCCGUUAGGGAAAAGGACCGUCUGGGGCUCCGUCCUUGCUCCCCCCGGAACACGGCUGGCCAGUGUGCGCGUUCCCACCGCGGGAGGACGCGUCUCUCGAGAGCUGAACCUCUCCUUGCCUUCUCUCCCCGCCACAGCUCAGAUUGAGGUGAUCCCCUGCAAGAUCUGCGGAGACAAGUCUUCCGGGAUCCACUACGGGGUCAUCACUUGUGAAGGAUGCAAGGGCUUCUUCCGACGCAGCCAACAAGGGAACGUCGCAUACUCUUGCACUCGGCAACAGAACUGCCCGAUUGAUCGUACCAGCCGCAACCGCUGCCAACACUGUCGCCUGCAGAAAUGUCUCAGCCUUGGCAUGUCCCGGGAUGCUGUCAAAUUUGGCCGGAUGUCCAAGAAGCAACGGGACAGCCUCCACGCUGAGGUUCAGAAACAGCUGCAGCAGCAACAGCAGCAAGGUGGGGAGUGUUCCACCUACUCCUUGGGCCUGGCCAACGGACAGCUCAAGCUGGACCCUUCCCCAGAUCUCCGAGAAGGCUCGAGCUGCUCCACCGCCCUCCUGACCGGACAGGCCCGCCUUAGCCAGUCCCCAGAUGAGACCGCUGCCUUGGCCUACUCCAACGGACUCACCAAGGCUCAGAGCCUCCUGGGUGAGGACCGGCAGGACCCCUUCAAAAAGGGGUACAGUCCUGGGGUCAUCAAGUUAGAGCCCAGGACGAGCGUCUAUUAUGCUUUGGAGACGCAGGCGUCGCCGGAGCUCCUGUCCCCCAACGUCGGCCGAGCGGAACGGACAGCGUUCGGAGGGGCUGGCAGUGAGACCCUUGACUUCUGUACCACCCCGAGCUUCACCGGCUUCUUGGAGUGCCCACACGCUUCCCUGACGGAGAUUGAGCACCUGACCCAGAACGUCCUCAAGUCCUACCGGGAGACCUGUCAACUCUGCUUGGAAGACCUCCAGCUGCUGAGGUGGGAGACCUUCACCAGGGAAGAAAUUGGGAGCUACCAGAAAAAGUCUACGGAGGAAAUGUGGGAGCGCUGUGCUUGCCGCAUCACGGAAGCCAUCCAAUACGUGGUGGAGUUCGCCAAGCGAAUGGGGGGCUUCAUGGACCUCUGCCAGAACGAUCAGAUCGUCCUCCUCAAAGCUGGGGCCAUGGAGGUGGUUCUCGUGAGGAUGUUCCGGGCCUUCAAUUCCGAGAACCGGACCGUCUUCUUUGAGGGCAAAUAUGCCAGCCCAGAGGUCUUCAAGUCUCUCGGGUGCAGCGAGCUCAUCAACUCCAUCUUCGACUUCGCGCACAGCCUGUGUUCGCUCCACUUCUCCGAGAACGAAAUCGCCCUCUUCAGCGCCCUGGUGCUCAUCAACGCAAAUCGCCCCUGGUUGCAGGAGAAGAGCAAGGUGGCCCACCUGCAAAGCAACCUCGAAGUGGCGUUCAGGCACAUGCUGCAGAAAAACCACCGGGAGGGCAUCUUAGCCAAGCUGCCCCCCAAAGGGAAACUCCGCAGCCUUUGCUCCCAGCACGUGGAGAAGUUCCGCUCCUUUCGCCAGAUGCACCCCGUGGUCGUCCACGCCGUCUUCCCGCCACUGUACAAAGAGCUUUUCAGUUCGGACUGCGAGCCACUCCAGGGCGGCCCGGGGGAGUAACCCCCUUCCCGCGAGCCGGCGACGGACCAGAAAUCGCCUCCCGGUCGCUCUGAGGCCGGAGCCAGCAGGGGUGGGAGAGCGGGCCCGAGGCAGAAGAAGGGCAUCGGAUCCAGGGAAGCGGGCAGGACGAGGAGGGGUGGGCACCCGGUGCUCUUCGGCCCUCCCUUUGGGGAGGUCCCGCUUUGCCCUGAAAGGAAGACCAGCCAGGCCCUCCUGCCUCCCCUCGCCGGACCCGUGGGGUGAAGGCGGGAGCCUGGUCCACGGAGCACCCCGGGUGGCAUUUAGGGGUCAGCUGCCACAGAAGCACUAAGCGUUAAGGGGGGGUCUUGCAGACGCCCCGCAAAGCCGCUUCCGCCGUGAUGUGGUGUCACGGGAAGGCAGGGUCCGGCUUGGGUGGCCCCAAAAUACCUCAUCGUGCCUUUGUCGGCACGAGACUCAGCAAAGUUCUUCAGCUUUGUUGUGUGUGCGUGUGUGUGUGGUCUUUUCUUCCCUGAAAAGAGGUUUUUCAGGAAAAAAAAAGAUAUAUGUAUAUAUACAUAGACAUGGACAGAUGUGGGUCUCUAAGAUAGAUCUUUAUUUUUCUGCUAAGUCUGGAUUGGAUAACAAAGCAAUAGCCGUCUACUUUUUCCCUUUCUUCCUCUUUGCGCUGUUGCAUCUUCAGCGGGCCUCGACCUCUGCGCUUGGAGUACCCGGGCUGUUUGUCAGGAUAAAUCUCAGCGCCUGGCACGCAUUGGAGUGGUGAUCUAGAAGCCAGACGAGUGGGUUUGGCUCGUGGGCGAUUUCCCCAAAGGGCUGGCGAAGCCAACACGGUUUUCUUCGGAGACGGUGGGGGUGCUGACGAUGUUCCCAGGUUCAUUUUAAAUGCAUAGGGCAGCAGAAACAUUUUCUGGGAACUUCUGCAGAGCAGAAGGGUCCUCCGCUUCCGAGAAGCUAACUUUCUCCCUACCCCGACCGAAAACGGCCACAAAAUCUGGGGUUUAUCACCAGUCGCCUCUUUUCAUCUCAGCCGGGUCUGUUGAACGUCGGUGGGUCUUUAGAAGUCAUCUUUUGGGUGUUGACUUGGGAAAGUUUUCUUCUGGGGACAGAGAGAGGGGGGAAAUGAACGUGUCACAGGGGAGCUGGGCUUUGCCCACUUAGCAGCAUAACGUUCAAACGGGCACGAGUGACGGGCACGCGGGGCACGUGGGAGCAGCAGAGGCCCAACUCUCCUGGUUAAACCCUGCAGAAAUGCGGCCAUCGAGCGUGUUUGCUUCCACGGUGGGCCCCGUAGAAAUCUCUUCCCCAUCUGGAUUUUCCUGAUAUUCAAAGCCUAAUCUUUCCCAUUUGGAGUCCUCACUUGCAAACGGUUUGGCUUGCAGGAACGCGGGAAUACAUCUGAGCUUAGUUUUCCCAUCAAGAGCUCUUCCAAUGACGCCCCUCGCCGUUGGCACGGAAAAGCCCGCUAGGUUGCAUCCGACGUGCGUGAGCACAACUCAAGCCCCUUUUCCGUUCUCCUUGUCUUUUUCUGGGGCUAAAAAAAAUGGUUUGAAAUAUUUAAAGGAUGCGGGGAGGGUACGUCCUGUAAAUACCUGUUUUAAAAGUUUAAUUUUUUUUUUAAGCUAAGUUUAGAGCAACUGGUCUUUGGAAAGCGUACGAUGGAAACAGUUUAGUUUACUUUUUAAUUUAAUUAAACUA